AUCUUCAGCCCUCCAUCCUGCGUCCGUCGGUGUCCGACGCACCAGGAACAGUCAUGUGCCGUGCCUUCUUGUGUCGGCCCCACACCGGCACCAGGUGCAGGCCUAGUGUGCUGAAGCGGCUGAGGUCAGCCACGUACUUGGCAACUCCUCUCGCCUCCUCUCUCUCGAGUCAUCUCUCUUCCCCACAACGAGAGCUCAGCCGAGGCCUGAAGGCUGGAGAGAGGCGGCCCGGCUCGGUGCGAAAGGCUAGACACGGCUCGAGCUUGUCGGCUCUCCUGCCUGCUGAGCCCUCCUGGCCCCUGUCCCAGGAGCGAAAGUGCUCAGGGCGCAGCUGAGUGAAACUAAGCCGCCCUCAGGGGACGGCGCAGCUCGUCGACUACGUUUUCCCGUUUGGCGCUUCUAUUAACCUGCCUCGCCGCUGCUAUCGCUGGCGCAAGCGAAGUGUAUUGAGCGCCCAAUCCGGCUCGAGUAGCAGCCGGAUACAGGAGCCGGCCCUAGGGCGAGGAGGGCGCAAGGAACGCCCCUUGGGUGCCUGACCGCAGCCGUAGCCUCGCCUUUCGUAUCGCCCGACCGAGGACAAGUGCCCCCAGGGG